GUCAGAUUGAUGUUUUCACUUUCACAGUGAUCGAUUCUGAGAAAUGGCUGCUAUUGUACGAGUGAAACGUCGUUUGGACGAAGAACCUUUAGACGCUCUUAUAUUAAAUUGCAAACGCAGAAAAGUUGAUGGGGAUGAUGAUAAUUCAAGGACUGUGUUAGCCUCAACUAUAUUAAAAUUUGCGGGAACCAUUAAAAAAGAUGAAAAUGUGCUGAGCCACAUCAAAAAGCAGAACAUAGCAGAUCUAGAACAACUCAGAGAUAAGUUCAAGAAACACCAAGUUAGUAUUAAUGAGAAGUUGAGAGCUGAGCAUCAAGAAAAGUCCAAAAGCAACAGAUAUCGAAUCAUAAACUGUUUUCGAUCUGGGAAUGUGGAACACCCUAUAGAGCCUGUUGCAAACAACAUUUUAAGUGAGGAUGUAGACAAAGAUGCAUAUACAAUUUUUGAUAUAGAAUAUAAUACAUCACAACCAGAAAGAAGUGAUUCUGCCAAGCAGUAUGUUUAUGAUUUGUAUUACACAAAUUCUGAUGAUUUUGGCGAUGCUCAAAUUGAGGAUUAUGUUAGUAUACAUCCAUGGAAUGACUCUCUCAUGUAUGGCUCAGCCAGAGAUAAUGGCUACAAAGAUGCAGAUAGUGAUGACAGUGAAGACUCCAAUGCAGAGAACAAUUGGCGAAACGACUAUCCAGACGAAUCUGAUAUGGAAUCCAUCAAUCAAGAUGACAUGGUAAAAGCAGUGCGUAAAAUUGACCUGGGAAAUGAUCUGUCUUCUGAUGAAGGAGAGGAGGACUAUGUCUAUAGCCUUGAGCAGGAAGAUGCAUAUAGGGAGGAAGUAGAUGAGGAAGACGUGUAUAGGUAUGGAGAAAGAUAUGCUAGGUUCAAAGCAGAGAACAAAAAGUUUGUGGAGAGUACUGGUCUUGAUCAUGAUUUUUAUUAUGGCGAUAUAGAUGAAAAUGAGUAUUAUUACUGAGAUCAUUUGUAAUGAGUUUGUACAUAACAGUUUUGAUAAUUGAUAGUUUUGUAUGUAUAGUAUAGACUUUUUUAUAAAUAAAAGUAUAUUUAUACCUCCAUUACCAUACUUAUAUUGUUGAUUAUUGUGACGGUAAUGAAUAAUAUGCAUGAGAUUUCAAAUGAGAAGGAUGAAACAUGUACAUAUUCAAUAUGUCCUUGUAAAUUCAGGUUGAAAAUGGAAAGUAGUUUUAUGAGCAAACUGAAAAAUGUAUCAAAAAUCUGUUUUCAUGGCAACUUUAAUAUGCCUUAGCAAACAUAUAUUUUUUGUAUUUUAUCUCAUAUUUGAAUAGAGCUUCUAAACGCAAAAAGAUUUAU